AAUUAAACCCGGAAGUUAAAAUCACCGAAAUUUUAUUUUCAAGAAAAUGAACAAAUUAAGACAUUUCUAUUGCAGUUCACUCACACGGAACGUAAAAUGUAUGAAAGUUUCUCCAAAGACACCUCAUAUAUCACAAUGUGCGCAGUUUUCUUGUGAAGAACCUUUAUUUUGUGAUCGCCAAAGAGAGACAUAUUUUUCAACAAAAUUUAGACAAAAAAAUAUUCCAGCGCAACAAUGUUCCCUUUUGUAUGGUACUCCUAAGAGGUUCUAUGGUUUGGACACUACAAGAAAUGAAUUUAAGAAGAGCACAAUAGAGGCUGAGUUGGAAGAUCAUGUCGGUAAAAGUAAUCGAGACAUAUUAGAGGAUAUUUAUGAAGAGACAGUUUACCAAAGAAGCAAAAUUCAGAGUGAGGGUGGAUGGAUGAUUCGGCUGGCCAAUGAAAAUGGGUAUCUGUCCUGGUGUCGUAACACAUACCUAGCAUCAGCAGUGGCUGUAGCCUGCUUCUCUCAGGGUAGUGCAGUCCCAUAUGCUCCGUAUGCAGCAGACAUUUUAUUCCUUAUGGGAGGCCUUAACCUUACACUUGGUACAGUAACAUAUGUUAGUCAACUUGUACAACUACGAGAUGUCAUCUAUAUGUCCAGAUUAACGACAUUGACGCAUAGCAGCAUGGCGAUCCUACAUCUACUGCUCUGGUUCACUGCAGUCAUCGUCUAUAUGGGGUAUGGAGAUGAAGAUGACAUUGUAAUAGUCGCAACAAAGGACCCUGAUUGCGAUUGUGAUAUGAAGAAAGUCUGAUUAUGGACUACUGUAUGAAGGAGUUAAGACAUGGCUUAUGCUCUACAUGUCCCGGUGUUUUUUAUUAAAUAGAUUAUAUUGUUCUUAUCUUUUUGAUUAUCUUCCAUAAAGGUGUAGUCAUUAAUGUGCAAAUUGCUCAAAACAGAACCAAAAUCACACUGGAAUAGCCUGACAAUGGUAAAGUCAGAUACCGUUGUCA